UCGGCUUCGCUGGUUCUUUCUGUCUGUGCGCUGGAGCUGCUCCUUAGUAACUUUUUUUUAAAAGCCAGAUUGCUUACAUUUCAACAAAGAUUGGAUGUCCAUGUUCCAGCGGACCGUGUUCCACUCGGGGGACAGAGCAACGAAGAUAAAUUUUCCCCCUCGUGGAAAAUGUGUUUCAGUACUGGGAGAAACCGUGAACAAUGAUCUCCUAUCGUGAGGAGUGAUCAGAAAAUAGCAUCGCCGUUAGAGAGCACUCUGAAGAAUGGGAAAACUGCGCUAUGCCAACAACAGCAAUUACAAAAAUGAUGUCAUGAUCAGAAAAGAGGCUUAUGUACAUAAAAGUGUGAUGGAAGAAUUAAAGAGAAUUAUUGAUGACAGUGAAAUCACCAAAGAAGAUGAUGCUCUGUGGCCCCCUCCUGACCGAGUAGGCCGGCAGGAGCUUGAAAUCGUCAUUGGCGAUGAACACAUUUCUUUUACAACAUCAAAAAUUGGUUCCCUUAUUGAUGUCAACCAGUCUAAGGAUCCAGAAGGCUUACGAGUAUUUUAUUAUCUUGUCCAGGACCUGAAGUGUUUAGUCUUCAGUCUCAUUGGAUUACAUUUCAAGAUUAAACCCAUCUAGACUGGCUAUUGUGGACAUGAGGGGGGUGGGAGUUUUUAGUUACCGGAAUUAGGAGUUUUUUUCUGUAUAUUGGGGCAAUUUUUAUAAACAAUAAAUGAUGGUCUUUAAUAAACGUAGUAACAUGUA